AGAUAUGUGCUGUAUCUAUAUUAAAUCUGAAUUUUGGUACUGUAUUAUGAGCCCCUGUUGUUCUUUGUCCACUGUCCAUUGCCGCUGCCCUAGCUUCAGACAGGUAUUCAAUGAGUUAUACUGCCAAAUCCAUUUUUUGAGUAUGCCUGAUCAUGAAUGUAAAGAAGUAUGCAAAGCAAUGGCAUUUGCUGUAAUCUACUAAAAGUGGAUUAGAGAACAAUAUCAAAGUAACCAGCUUUAGUAGUAGCUUCAGUUCAUGACUUCAUGGCUCCUUCACGAGAAAGAAGUACUCACUGCCAAGUAUACAAGCAUAAGUCCAUAAAACACUUAGAUUUGGCUCAAAUCACUGAUGCCGUAACCCAAAAUUCUUGUCCAAUAUGUCUUUGUAAAAUCAAGCCAAGCCAAGCUGCAUUGCUUCCAUUGUGCAAGCAUGCCUUCUGUGCUGACUGCAUCCACAAGUGGAGUGAUUACAAGCGUACUUGUCCACUUUGCAAAGCGGGAUUUGGCUCUUGGCUUUUCCUAAUUCAUCUCUCUACUCGAACCCUUGAGAAGGAGAAAUUUAAAAGCCCACUGGUUGAUAGACCUCGCCCAGUAGGUUUUCCAGCGCGGCGAAGAAGCCAUUUGGAAGAACCGAGGUUAAUUAGAAGAACAAGGGCAGAACUAACUACCCAAUACUCGAGAACGGGGGUAAUCCCGAGGAGGAGGUCAUUUGGCCAAUUGGAAGCUGCAAACCCCGGUGUCAUUAGGGAGAGAACACUGCAAUGGCGGGCCAGCAUAUAUGAAAGGAAAUUGCAGGCUGUUCCUUUCUCAUCCAAAAAUCGUCUUAUAGAGCAAAUGGAACACAACAAUAGUGCCAAAGCUAUGGUAAUGCAAAGAAUAGAACCUUGGAUAAAAAGGGAGUUGGAGGCUAUUCUUGAUGACCCCAAUCCAUCUGUUAUUUUCCAUGUUGUCACCUCACUUUUUGUCUCGGGAAAUGAAAGAAGGGACCACGCUACUUCUGACUUUCUUGCUCCUCUGCGGCCUUUCUUGCAUGAAAAAACAGAAAUGUUUUGGCAUGAGCUUAGAUGUUUUGCCGAGAGCCCUCUCGCCCUCGAGACAUAUGAUACUGUGGCGGAGUAUAGAUCAUUGAACCGAACUUAGAUGGAAUGAUAAUAGUCUAAUGGUGUAAUAGCCAAAAGAAUGCACUGAUUUCUUGAUCUUUCCUCAGAUCCCACAACAUGAAUAUGCAAGGGGUGAGCUUGGAACAAAAAUGUUUUUCUGUCUGCCCUGAUUCGUCUGCUGCUCAGUGCGUUUAUGAAAAGCAUUUUAUGUGGGCCAACUUCAAUGCAAAUAAUGAUGUAGUAUUAUAUGGAAGAUUGGACGGAUUUUGAUUAACUAUGCAUGCAUGUGAAGUGCUACUUUUAGUAAAAUCAUGACAGAUGAAUUCUCGUGUCUCAAAACAAGUUGGGAGGGUGAUAACUUAAGGAAGACGCGCCUCCUAGACUGCGAGGAUACCCCGAGUGAGGGUAAGUAAUGUGAAUUGUGAUGAUUAUUUUGCAAAUCUUGGUGAAGAGGUCAUAAAAGAACUUCAUUCUUGUUCUUACAUGAACUCCAUAUUUGGUUUUA